UAAAGCACAUUUUAGGAUCCAUUCAUAUAGUUCCCAAAGGGUUUAUCUAUUUUUUACAACUGUAAGUUCAUAAUUCUAUGAAAGUUUUUAUAAAGAUGAACAUUAAAACAAUUUGUAUUUCCUUGUAGACGCAUGUCGUCCUGUGAUUGAUUCUUUUGUCGGUUUAUUCUCCAACAGCCUGUGUUUCGAGUGUUAUGCAAUGUCUUUUGGCGUACUGAAAGGCGAUUGGUGGUAAUUUGUAGACCCAAUCACGUGAUGCCUGGACCCUACGGAGAGCAAACGGAAGCUCCAGUUCAUUCAGCACACACAAGCGGGUGUGUUGCGACUGUCCGCUCUCCAAGGAGACGAGCACGAUGGACAACCUGAACCUGAACCUGAACUAUUGAUUCGUACAGGGCCGCGCGAAUAUCAUUUCAAUUUGUUUGUUGAUUAAAAAACUGAUUUAAAUCUUCUAUCAUCGCUGUUCCUGCCUAUGUGCUGCGCUGUGGGAACUCCAGCCGCUUCACCACAGCCCUCACCCCGAAAAGGAGCCCUCACCAGGAGCCUCACCAGGAACCCUCAGGAUUCCUCACCAGGAGCCCUCAGGAUUCCUCACCAAGACUUCGCUGCUCGCGUCCGAAGCUGGGACAUAUCCGUAAAUCGAGUAGUUCGCGCUCCAUUAACUUUCGUGUCUUAAAGGUUUUGUUGUCCGUGACCAUCUCGCCGUAUGAUGCCGCCACACCUGAGGUUUAGGAGAAGGUCAUUUCUCGGGCUUCUGUUCCUCUUCUCCCUGUCCACCUCCGCACUCUACUUCAUCUAUUCGGCUCCUGGAAUAGUGAAUGAGUACCUGUUUAUGGUCCAGGCUCGGGGGGUGAGGAUCAGGGAGAAUGUCCGCAGUAUUGGGGCUCAGGUCCUGGAGCAGGUUGUGAGAAGUGCCUACAGCAACGGAACUGACUAUCCGUAUGAUUUUAGCCUGAAUGAGACAGAUGCCCCAUCCUCCCCCUAUCUUCCGAUGGGGUUCACAUACCUAUCCAGUGAUGUCUGCCCUGAGAGACUUCCUACCAUGAAGGGCCGGUUGCUGGUAGAUAUGAGCGAGAGGUCCAUGGAAGAUGUGGAGAGGACCUUGCUGCAGACGGAUCCCAGCCUUCUGAUUGGUGGUCACUGGAAGCCUCAGGACUGUGUCCCACGCUGGAAGGUGGCCAUCUUGGUGCCUUUCCGAAAUCGUUAUGAGCAUCUGCCCAUCUUACUGCAUCACCUCAUCCCAGCACUGCAGAGACAGAGGCUCCAGUUCGCCCUCUACGUCAUUGAGCAGGCGGGUUAUGAGCCCUUCAACCGUGCCAUGCUGUUCAACGUGGGCUUCAGGGAGGCAAUGAAAGACCUCCAGUGGGACUGUGUGAUCUUCCAUGAUGUUGACCACAUCCUGGAGAACGACAGGAACUACUACGGCUGCAGUGACAUGCCACGGCACUACGCUGUCCAGCUCAACAAGUACUCGUACAUGCUGCCGUAUGAUGAGUUUUUCGGGGGGGUCAGUGGCCUCACUGCUGAGCAGUUUCAGAGGAUAAAUGGCUUUCCCAAUGCAUUCUGGGGCUGGGGUGGGGAGGAUGAUGACCUUUGGAACAGGGUCCAGUAUGCUGGGUACACUGUGAGUCGCCCUCUAGGGGAGAUCGGCCGCUACAUGUCCAUACCCCACCACCAUCGAGGAGAGGUGCAGUUCCUGGGCAGGUACACGCUACUUCGGCACUCUAAGGAGAGGCAGAAGCUGGAUGGCCUGAACAACUUACACUACUCCCCCGUAGUGUCCAGGAGGCGCCUCUACACCAACAUAACCGUGGCUCUGAGUCGAGACCUGGCUCUGGUUGCAGACUACUGAGGCUCCUGGCUUGUCCCCUUGUGCAGGAGGACAGAGCAGGGGACCAGUGUGUCCUCCCCACCCAGCUGAGCCACGACUCUGUCCAGGACGCGUCACCUUUGCUACUUCUGUUCUCUCCGGUCCCAUCACCGAACGGCUCCGAGCCCAAACCCAGGAGCUGGUGUUUGCUUCUGUCCACCAUCACGCUGUUGCAUAUCGAGUUUUCGUCUGCCUCCACUCUUCUGCGGUCUUCACGUCACUUCCCCAGGCUGAUGUCCGCUGGGCGGAGCUCCCGGGGACUGGGCAGAGCCCGCGCCUCCGUCUCUGGGCACAUACUCCCUUUCACUGACCAACCGGGC